CCCUGGGGUGGUCUCAGGUAUCUACUUCCUGUCGGGCCGACAUUCAUCCCUCUGCUCUCUGCUGGCUGCAGCUUGUGUUGAUGUUUUGGUCUCCUCGGAGCCACCAUGUUACAGUUACACAUGUUACGGCUGUUUGUGGAACAGCGGCUCUCCGCCGUCACCGACGACAUUUUCCGUCGUUUUGCGGCAGUCAUCACCGAAUACGAGCGCGAAGUUCUGCGGCUGAAACUGGAGCUUAGCAAGCAUCAGUCGCAGGCGCGUGUACAGCCCGGGGACGCGGGGGGAUACAGACCGCACGAGGAAGGGCGGGAACCGAACGAGGAGCAAGACGGCGAGCCGCUAGAUGUCGUGGAGGAUUCCCCCACAGAAGAAAAACCCCAGGUAAAGGCCUGGAGCUUCUCGCCCCACCUUAAGCUGGAAGAAGGGGCUUCUCCAGGACGAGAGGACACGGACAGGAAGACCACUCCUGGUCUGGAAAUCAACUUCCCUUCGGCAGACGGUCAAGUUCCUGCCGUCAAACAAGAAGUCGAUGAAGAAGACAUGUUGAUGGAGAUGAACCCCAACCUGGAAGGUGAGACUUUCUUAACUGAAGAAGACGAGCAGGUGAGGCCAAACUUCAGUCUGCACGUCCUCCCGGAGGAGGACGGAGCUUCGGGACCUGAGGCAGCCGACGCCGAGCUAACGCCAAAUCCUGAUUGGCAAAUGAAAAGAGUGGAUGAAGAUGGAAGCCCCUCCUUCCAUCAGAACCAUUCCUUUACACACGAGGAGCCCCUUUUCGAUUCUUCCGAGACUCUGUCCAGGCCCGAUGCUGGAGGAACCUACAGGCCUCCCGACCGCAGACGGAGCUCCAACGGCGAGUUAGAUUUAUCCAAUGAAUACAGUGACGGCGAUGUGGUGGAGGCGGGUGACCACUCCUCCCUGGCGUCUGAGACCAGACCUGUGGUUCGAAAGAUCCCGCUGACCUGCGGCAGCUGUGGGCGAGAGUUCAGCUCAAAGACGAGCCUGAGGAAACACGUCAGGAGGUACAACGGGAAGGACCAGGACCAGCUGCCGUGUAGCCUUCAGAGGCAGAAGGCUCCUUACCAGAGGUCCUCCACCCGCUUCAGCUGCAAAGUGUGCGGGAGCUCCUUCUACACGCAGGGGAUUCUGCUGCGGCACGCCGAAAGCCACUGCAAGGAGCCCGACAGCCUCUGCGGGGUCUGCGGGGAGCACCUGCAGUCCGCUCAGACCCUCACCGAACACCUGCAGUCCCACAAAGAACUGGGCAUCACCUGCGACGUCUGCGGGAAGAAGUGGAGCUCCAUGAAACGGAUGGAGAUCCACAAGCGGAUCCACACCGGCGAGAAGCCGUACCGCUGCGGGUUCUGCAGCCUGGACUUCAGCCGCAGGGAGAGUCUGGUCAGACACUUGAAGCUCCACAGUGGGGAGCAGCCCCACCGCUGUGGACUGUGCCGGAAGAGCUUCACCCGGAGGGAGUACCUGAUCCAGCACCUGGACCUCAUUCACAAAAUGGUCAAGUAGUUUGGAAGAAGGAAUUGUAGGCCAAUUUGACCGGAAACCAGAUUUUUUUGAACUGAGAUAAUGGCGUUUUUUUGUGAAAGUACGUUCACACCGCCCUCGGCAAGGCCGUUCAAGCAACCACUUUAAGGAAAAGUCUGUGGGUGUGUCCAAACUUGAGGGCUGAGCCCUUCAAUAGCCGUGGCUUCCAGGGCGACGUUGACGGGGUGCUUGGUCGAGCGGGGCGGAUGUUAACGGCUGUAAAUUUCUAAGAGUGCUGAAUUUAGAUAAUUCCAGCCGGUACAUCGGCGAAUAUCUUGUUGGCUAGAAACCGUGAGUCCCAAACAGAGAGGAGAAGUGAACCAAACCAACAUCUUCCUAGCUUAUUUGAUCCAACUUUUAAUCUUGGAGCUGUAAUUAUGAAAAGGUGUAAUUAUCUCCAACUCCGGGUCCCGCUUCGCAGUCCACCAUUGUUGUCAGAAAAUCUCCGAGUUCGGCCACAAUGCAUCUUGGGAUAUGGAUAGCAUGGAAGAAUACACCAGAGGAAUCCUUGAAAUCGGGUAAAAAGAAGGCCGUAUUCGUCUGCCGCAUUUGAAGGAGUCGUUGAAUUUGGACAGAACGUUUCAUGGCGCUGUGAGCUAAGCAUCCUUCAAACGCAGCCCAGGAAGAACGCAGCCCUCCAAUUUGGACACGGCUUAUGCAAACACCCGUUUCGGGCUAUGAACCCACACUGUAAGUUCAACCAGGUCGAAUUUUGACCGAUCAGGGACUCCGAUUUGGUAGUGACGUAUGGAUGGCGUCCGCUUUGAAUACACAGAAGUGCCAACCGUUUGAAAAUGGAUCAUGGAGGAGAAACGAAUAAUUGCGGUUUGUUCCUGGAAUGUUUGGACUGAGAUCCGCAAAAUUUUCCUCACUUCACCGAAUCUACGUUGGAGUGGUGGACGUGCGCUAGCAUCGGUUAGCAACAGUCAUCUGUUGCUAACCGAUGGGCUAAAUGUGCGUUCAAGAUUUUGUGUUUUUGUACGCACGUACAAGAUCAGAGACGUUUUCCUUAUUUCUCUACUAAAUUUAAGAUCCUUUAAUCGUAAUGUACACAGAUUUUAGGGGCGAGUGUUUAAAAAAAAGACGGUUUUAUGCAUUUCAAAUGUAUAACGGUUAAAAGAUGUUUCAUAUUAUGCGUGUAUUUAUGAUCCAGCUUCCGUCUGGUUGUACAUUUUUAGAUUAACCCUGAAGUUCUUGGUCAUAUCAAAACCAAAAUAUCUACCAAAGUACAAUCCUUGGGUGUAAUCUCUGCAGGUUAAAGCUCACUCCGAUAUCAACAAAAUAUCUGCUUGUAAAAAUAAUUAUUUGAAGUGCCUAAAUGCACUGUUUGCUGGAUGGGCUUGCAUAGUCGCCUUGACUGAACACGUGUUAGGAAUUAAACAUUUUCUCUGACUUUUAUGGGGGAAAAUGUUUUUAGGAACCAACUAAUGUAAAAAUUAUUUAAUAAUAUUUAAUAAAAUAUGUCUAAAUUAGUUGUUUUUACCUUAAAGAAACACUUCAGAUUGAUGCUUAAAAUCUGCACAUAUUUAAUUAAGGGUAAAAAUCAUACUUGUCUUUUUAUUUUAGGUACAUUGAUCUGUUGAAAUUGACGUUUGGCUGACCCAAAACGUUAAAUAUUAACAAUGUUUAUUCAGUCAAACUUUAUGAAAUAUUUUUAAAUAAAGCUGUGGAGCAAAUAUGGGAAAUGUGGGAAGGUUAUUGGUGGUUAUAUUGUGUUUUUAGGAAGGCGAGUUCCCAACUACGCCCAAGUAGCCGGGAUAGGCUCCGGCAACCCCGUGACCCCGAAAGGGAAUAAACGGUUAAGAAGAUGAAUGAAUGAGUUCCCAACAGAGGAACGGGAGAUGAAUUUAAUCUGUGUAUUAGUCUGUGAAAACAGUGACACCUACUGGCAUAACUGGUGAAUUACCUGAAGCAAGUCAAAUCUGUGCUUCCACAUUCAGAAAACUAUUUAACCCCAAAGCCAUCGAUGUGCUCCUGUCCUGUAGUUCAUCAUAUUUCCACUAGGGGCAGUAGAAUAGCUUUUCCUGUUCAUUUCAAGACAGCUGCCUUCUUGAAACAUCAAAAACACUUUUUUUCCAAUGGUAAAAAUAUUUCAUCUAUUAUUUGUUUUAUGAAAUGACUUCUUCCUGUAUUGAACAUAUGCAAAAUGUGUUGAUAAUUUUUUUGUACUACAGUUACACCAUGUUAAAAACUUGUGUUUCAAAUUUAAGACUGUGGGUAAAUAAGGCAGUUAUUUUCCAAAGACUCGUCAACAUUUUCAUGGGCAAAAAUGUAUCAAAUCACCCCUCAAAUCCUAAUUGAUAGUAUCUAUAUAUUAUCAUUUUAUUUGUGUGGAUUUUGUCAAAGAGUUUAUAAAAACAUCAAAAAUA